AGCGCCGGCCAGGCAGGGCUGGGCUCUGCAGUGUGUCGUGAAACCAGAGCGAGGUGGAGUGUGACUAUGACACAGCCAGCAGCACGGCCUCUUCCGACACAGGGAGCUGUAUCCCUCAACUCAGGAGAAGGCUUCUGCGUCUCUUCCACCUCUACCAAGUUAAUCAAUGGCAAAUGCAUCACAGCAAAAAGGACUGCGGCGAAUAGGCAGGAGCGGGCAGAUGUUGAAGGAGACGGGGAGCUGAAAUCUGUUCGUGUUAACGGGGUGGCUGUUGACAAGACAUACAAAAGAGCAGCAGGGAAUGAAUCUCAUGCUGGGCCUAUGGACCCUCGCCCUGGGCCUCACACAUCUCGUCAGAGGCAAAAGAAGCCACACACCAGAACUAGAUACAAGUCAGCUUCCAGUGACAAGCUGCUGGCUGGGAAGAGCAGGCCACGAGCCAGGCGUAGCUUACCACAGGAGGGAAGCAGCAUACCACUGGCCAAGGGAACCACAGCACCGGCCAGGGAGAGCAAGUCACAGGCUGAAAGGGGCACACCAGGGACUGGGGAGAGUGCUCCGCAGGCCAGGGAGAGCGGGUAUGAGCCAUAUCUGGGAGCUGAGCCGCAUGCCGGAAGGAGGGAAUUGCAUGCUGGGAGGAAAGAGUUGCAUGCCAAACUCCAAUUAGCUCCCAGAUACAAGGGGUCACCAUCUGGGAGGAACCAGUCGCAUGACAGAUGCCACAGAGCGGAGGUCGUGUGGCUAGAGUCGGCUGCUGGGUGUGAUGAGCUGGAUCCUGGGUGGAGUGAACUACCUGAUGAUUGGAAGAGUCUCCCACAAAGUGGAAGAUGGUUGCUCCUGGGUGGAACGAAUUGGCAGCCAGAUACAAGUCAGGUCCCAGCUGGGACGGAGAAGAGGGUGCAGGAGCAAUGCUUUGGGACAGCGUGUCUAACGCGCAUGACGCUCCUGGUGGGAGAGAGUCCGCUGCCCAGUGUAACAAGGACAUUCCCCAGAGGAACAAAUCGUCUGCCAGAUGGAAAGAGACAAGCCCUGAGUGAAACCAUGCAUUUGCCCAGGUGGCCAAGCCAAUCCCCAGGCAGGCCAGGCCAGUUCCAGUGUCCUACAACUCCACUCUUGGGCAAGAGCAGGUGGCUCCAGGGUGGAACGAGAUGGAGAUGGGAUGGGAUGAAUAAGUUGCCCAGUGGAACAAGCCAGCUCUUGGAUGCAAUCCGUCGGCUCCAGAGUGGGGUGAAUCAGCUGCCCUGCAAAAUGCCUCCGCUCCCAGAUAUAAUCAGUCAGUCCCAGGCUGGAAUGAGCCAGCGCCCAGACGGAAGCGGUCCUGAUGUUUCGUCCUCUGAUUCCAGCUGUUCCCAUAACCAGCUUCACCCCAGGGAGGGGAGAAUGCUGUGAAUGCUGGGACCCACUGGGACCCACUGGGAAAGAGGUUUCCUAGGGGCAUUGGCCCAUGGGCAAGCAGCUGUUCAAUAAAGGACAGGACCAGGGCUCUCCGUCUGUCUUGAUCACGCACUGAGAAGCCAGACGCUGAGGAGCUGCUUAGGCAGGAACAGGAGCAGAGCUCCCAGGGCCUUUCUGACCUCCAGAGGCCCAGUGGUGUCCUGGCAUUAGGGUGCUUAGGGCCACCUCAAUGCUGCUGGCGCUGCCCCCAUUGGCACAUGGUUCAGCUGCAUAGUUAUACCACACACCUGUUGCGGACACUAUAGAUAGGAGGACAUGGUCCUGCUCGUUGCUCACACACUAAGGUGAUGGACCCUAUAAGAGCCCAGAAAGGCCCUGGGUCCCCCCGGUGCUGUCAGGAGGUUACAGCCCCCUGACUGCUGUGGCUCAGGGCUCUGGUUUGGCUCUCUUUGAGGGGUGCCCAGGGAAGGGAAAGGGAGGUGCGUGCACAAGGCAGCCGGGGAAGGAGAGAGGGAGACAUCACUUUGGGACAUGACUACAGUAGAACUCAGCGUUACGAACACCUCGGGAGUGGAGGUUGUUCCUAACUCUGAACAAAACGUCAGGGUUGUUCUUUCAAAAGUUUACAACUGAACACUGACUUAAUACAGCU